AAUAUUGCAACAAGAUUGUUUAUCAUUGUGAUUUGUCUUGAUUACCGGGGGGUUUGGGUUUUGGUUUUGGUGCCCUGGUGAUGCCUCAUCUCAGUCGGGGCACUGGUGGGAAGCAAUGAGACAGGAAGCUCCAGGGGCUCCCCAAGGUUAGACUUUCCUUCCUUCCUUUCUCUCUGUCUCUCUCUGUCUCCCUCUCCCCUCCCUCUUUCCUUCUUCCUUCUCUCCCUCUCCUCCUCCCUUUCCCCACUUCCUACUUUUCUUUCUAAUUUUUAAAAUGCUUUUCUUACUUUUGAUUUCCAGCGCACCAGCUCUCCCUAGCUGUUACCGAGGCUCUGCUGUGGCCAAGUGCUAACUGGUUUCUAGGGGCUGAUAGCUGGGGAGGACUCAGUAUUUCUGAGGGCAAGAGGUCUAAUCAAUUUGCACAGGAAUUUAAAUGCUUAAUUUUUUAAUUAUUUUAUUUUAUUUUUUGGUGCCAAAACCCGGGAACGCUUAAUUUCUUAAAAGGUGGUUAAACCCUCUAAAUUUCAGAACCUUGGGGCCAAGUUUGGUUUGCCCUGCUCUAGCAACUGCUAAGCUUAUGUAUGUGAUAAAGGCAGUUGAAAAGAAUGAGAAAAACUUACAAAGUAACUGGGUGAGGAGAAGAAAAAAAGAUUUUUUUAAAAAAGGAUGUGUGUAGAUUUGAGAAAGAGAUGACCUGAAGUGGAAUCACCUUGGCUGUGAGUGGCAAAGUCCAAAGAAAAUUAAAUGGUUUUAGAAUGUAGACCUACACAUAUGGAGUCACUCAGCAUUCUUCAGUGUUCCAUCUGUAGUUCACCAUUUUGAUCCACACCAGGUAGUUGCUGGAGAAGCCAGAGCCUCUGUUGGUCCAUUCAGGCUGGUGGCCAGACACAGGGGUCUCUCCUUGUCAGCUUCUUGUGUGGGGGCUCUUUGGUCUAUGAGAGCAGGAGGUGGCAGUAACAGUGGCUGUGCUUCAAGACAGCAUAGUGGGUUUCUCCCACCAAGAAGCCAGCCAGGCCCUGUGCUAACAGACCUAAAAGAAGCAUCAUGUUCCAUGACUUCAUUUCACCCCAGGGGACUUCAGGCUGUCCGUGCCCGGAAGUUCAAGAGUAAAAGGCCACGGAGUAAUAGCGAUUCUUUUCAGGAAGAGGAUCUGAGGCAGGGUUUUCAGUGGAGGAAAAGCCUUCCCUUUGGGGCAGCCUCGUCUUACUUGAACUUGGAGAAGCUGGGUGAAGGCUCUUAUGCUACAGUUUACAAGGGGAUUAGCAGGAUAAACGGACAACUAGUGGCUUUAAAAGUCAUCAGCAUGAAUGCAGAGGAGGGAGUCCCAUUUACAGCCAUCCGGGAAGCUUCUCUCCUGAAGGGUUUGAAACAUGCUAAUAUUGUGCUCCUGCAUGACAUAAUCCACACCAGAGAGACACUGACAUUCGUUUUUGAAUACAUGCACACAGACCUGGCCCAGUAUAUGUCUCAGCACCCAGGAGGGCUUCAUCCUUACAACGUCAGGCUUUUCAUGUUUCAACUUUUGCGGGGCCUGGCGUACAUCCACCACCAACACGUUCUUCACAGGGACCUGAAACCUCAGAACUUACUCGUCAGUCACCUGGGAGAGCUCAAGCUGGCUGAUUUUGGUCUUGCUCGGGCCAAGUCCAUUCCCAGCCAGACAUACUCUUCAGAAGUUGUGACUCUCUGGUACCGCCCUCCUGAUGCCUUGCUGGGAGCCACUGAAUAUUCCUCUGAACUGGACAUAUGGGGUGCAGGCUGCAUCUUUAUUGAAAUGUUCCAGGGUCAGCCCUUGUUUCCUGGAGUUUCCAACAUCCUUGAACAGCUGGAGAAGAUCUGGGAGGUGCUGGGAGUCCCUACGGAGGAUACCUGGCCAGGAGUUUCCAAGCUACCUAACUACAAUCCAGAAUGGUUCCCACUGCCGAAGCCCCAGAGCCUUCAGAAUGUCUGCAACAGGUUGGGCAGGGCUCCGGAAGCUGAAGACCUGGCCUCCCAAAUGCUGAAAGGCUUUCCGAGAGACCGCGUCUCCGCCCAGGAAGCACUGGUUCACGGUUAUUUCAGUGCCCUGCCGGCUCAGCUGCACCAGCUGCCUGAUGAAGAGUCUUUGUUUACAGUUUCGGGAGUGAGGCUAAAGCCAGAAAUGUGUGACCUUUUGGCCUCCUACCGGAAAGGUCACCACCCAGCUGGGUUUAGCAAAUGCUGGUGAAAAGAAAAGGCGAGAUCACCAAGAUCUUUGCAGAUCCCUGGGCCAGAAGAGAACAGGACAGAUGGGAGGCUGACAGUUGAAAGAAUUUGGAGACAGAGCUGGUGCUUACAGAGGCCUGUCACUCUUGUGUUCACUUACAAUUUUCCCCCAACAAAAGGACUUCUGUGGCAAGGGCAGGAUUAGCCUAAAGUUUAGAAAAGUCUCCAGGGAAGGUGGUGUCUUGGAUAAAGUUGCCAACAAAAGGACUUGCUUAAGACUCUUUGUUAUGACUUCCUAGGGGCGCUUCUUUCACUAACUAGAUUAUCAAACACGUUGCCACCCCACCCCAGCCAAAUUUUAGGAGUUUGGAUUGAGCUGCUGGUUAGAAUUAAAUUUCAGCCCAUCUCCUUCUACUGAACCCUAAUUGUCUGUGAUGAUAGCAAAAGUGAUGAGAAAUCUCAGCUCUGAUUUGAUGGUAGAGAUACUGAAUAGAUAGGAGCAAAGAGUUCCAAAGCUGUAAUUCAAGUCCUCUUGCACCAUCAGACACACACGUGUGUGUGCACACACAUGAGUCUCAAACAAAAUGAGAGAUCUGUCUCAGCUACCACGUGCUCAUUUUCUACAAUGGGUCCUUCUGAAAGAAGCCAGGGAGACUCAAAUUACUUCAUCUAGGGAUCAUCUACUCAGGAGAUCAGAAAUCUAGUAGCCUAGAAACCAGAGACUCUAUAUUUCCUUCCAAAGAACAAGGAGGAACUAAUUAAGAGAGGAUUUUAAAAAAUAGUGCCUAUGCACUCGAAGUCUGAGAUGGAAGAAGGAAAAAAUGCAUACAAAUAGUCCAAAAAAACUACCUUACUGACCACUGACUUUAGUAAGGCCCUUGCCGCAGCCUGCCCAGAUAUACCUGAAAGAUGAAACUGGAGGGGCUGGAUGAUGGGGCAGAUAUAUGUGCUCCAAAAGCAGUGGUCACACAACCUAGACAAAGGCCGGCAGUGCUGUGGUGCCAGGUUCAGUCCCGAGUCCUAUUCUGGUCAAACGUUUUUAUUAAUCACUUGAAUAAAAUCAGAGAAGGCACACAAUUUAUUCAUACAAUUCAUUGAAGUUAGUAUUGUUAUUAUUCAUUUAUUACUUCCAUUUUAC